AAGACUGAAUAGCUUGUAAAAAAGUGAAAGUGAAAGUGUUUCUUUAGGCGUGUUCUCCCUUGACCCUCAUCAAAAAAGGCUCUUGUUUUCAAGAUCAUUUAUGAUAUAAUGACAGUUUUGUCUAAUUUUAAUACAUGAUGGACAUUACCUGUAUUUUUAUGUCAAUACUUAUGAUUGUCGCUGAUGGCUUCAUUGUGCAUGGACCCGCUGGCCCUCUAUUUGCUCCUUUGGAAUCUUCAGUGGUUUUGCCCUGUUAUGUAGAUGAACUCUUAGUAAUGGAGAAUCUGGAGGUGCAAUGGACAAGAACAGACUCAGAGACUCAGGUUCAUCUGUUUCUGGAUGGUGAGAGUCGACCAGAGUCCCAACAGCAGGAAUAUCGCGAUAGAGCUCAUUUCUUUACUGAUCAGAUUCAACAUGGAAACUUCUCCCUCCUUCUGGACAAUCUGAGAGCUGAAGAUGAGGGACGAUACACAUGUAGAGUUUACAGUCAGCAGGGUUCUGGAGAAACUGUGGUUCAAAUAAAACAUGAGCGUUUGCUAGUAUCAGGAUCAGAUCGGUCUGUAUCUGCAUAUGAUGGUGAGGACGUCACUCUGAACUGCUCUGUAGACUCUCACAUCACACCUGAACACAUUGAAGAUGUUUUAUGGAUAAGAACAGAUGGAGAUAUUCCAGUUCUUCUCUACCAAAACAAUGAGAUUUUCUCAGAUUCAUCAGAUGAACAAUACAGAGACAGAGUUGAGUUCUUCACUGCUGAAAUCCCCAAAGGAAACUUCUCUCUCAGACUGAAGAGUGUCAGAACUGAGGAUAAAGGAGUUUACAUGUGUCACGUGUUUGCUGGAGGACUUUCAGCCAAUGCAACUGCAAAACUGGAACAACUGGGUUUCUCUUCUUGGCACAUAGCUGUGUUAUGUUUCUGUUUUGCUGCUGGAUCUGGAGCUGUGCUUCUGCUCUGCUCUCUGAUCUACUGCAGAUCAAAAAACACUGACACCAGCAGCAUAAUCUUGAAACUUCAGGUUUCUCUGGUCUUUUGUCCAAACAUCUGUAUGUUCUUUGCCUUCAUGCUUUGGGGCUUUACUGAAGGAUUUCUGCAUGAGGCUGUCACCUGCUGUGCUCUUUGUAUUCUGAGGCCUGUUAUGUUGAUUUGGGCUUUGCACUAUUUGAAGUAUCUUCAAGACAGUCAUAAAUCAUGGAUCAGGUUUUUCAGAAUAACAAGAGAACUUGCUGUUCUUACAGUCAUUGUUUAUUCAGUUUUUUUUGCAUAUGGCUGGAGAAUUAGUUCACAUGAUACAGACAAUGGACGCCGUAUAGCCUCAGGAUUAUUCUUUGGAUUUGUUGUACUGGUCUGUCUUUUCCUGAUUAAAGGUUUGAAUGGUGCAUUUUGUAUCUUGCUGUCUCUUUUCCAAUUGUUACAGUUGAUGUUCUCAUUUGGACUUCCCUCUUUAGUGUUUUUUAUUGUGGCAUUUGUUUCACCACUGAUUCUGUUCUGUAUACCACUUUUAACUCAUCUGCAAGCAAGAUUUAAAUGUCUUCACCGCAGAUGGAUAACAAUAUUGCCGAUAAUAAUAAUAACAAUCCUGGAUAUCAUCCUAGUGAUUUAUGCUCAUCUAACCAUAUUAGAAAGGGAGAAAGAGUACUUGGAAUGGAUCUGUGUCAUUUUAUUUCUUGAAGUUCUGAAGAUAACAGUGGUCUUUGAAUACUGUGUGCUGAAACACGUGUUGAAAGGUAUUAUCCAUCACUGACUUACAGUGCUUGUGACUUGCAUUGUCUUUUAUUACUCCAUACUAUAAUUAUAAAAGAGCAUGACAAUAUGGUACGAAGAUGUAGAAAUUAGAUAACUGUGAUAUGUCUAAAAUAUGCAAAUUAAAAACAAAUAAAACAAUGCUGUUUGUAAGUAAAAUGUAUAACUCAUUAGUUAUAUUGUUAGUUAAUUUAGUUAAUAUUAAGGGAAAUUAAGUUAUAUAAAGCAGAUAUAGUCAUCAUACUUUGUGCUUCCUGAACUGCACAUUGUUUUAAUUUCUUACUGGUCACUUUAUUGGUCAUGAGUAUGAGGGUGAGUUUUUGCAAUAAACAUGAGACUAAACUGUGAAGUCUGAAAGUAUUCAGACCCCCUACUUUUUACCACAUUUUAUGUUGCAGGCUUAUACUACAAUACUUAAGUUUUUCCCCAUCA